CCCCCUGGGAUUCAGACCGCAGACCGCUCCGGGACCAGAACCGAACGGAUCCUCCCGAUCAGCGCAGGUCGGGUAUCGAUGAGCUGUCGAUCAGGGAGGGCGGGUGAUCGAACAGCGGAGGUGUGUUGGGUUUGAGGGCGGGGAUGUCCCGGCUGCUGGAGAGUAGGAGACAGGACAGGAUGAAGGAAAUCAACCUGAAGAAUAAGGAGAAGGAUCGUCUGAAGGUGAGAGAGAAGGAGGCGAGGGAGAGAGAGGCCAGGUCCAGCAACGGUCACCUGUUCACGUCUCUGACCGUGUCCUCCACCACGCUAUGCUCGUCCUGCAACAGGAGCAUCACCGCCAAGGAGGCGCUCAGCUGUCCAGCCUGCAAUGUCACCAUUCACAACCGCUGCAGAGACAGUUUGGCCAACUGUGCCAAGAUGAAACAGAAGCAACAGAAGCUGUCGAUGGUCAGGAACAGUUCAGCUCUGCAGAGCGUCGCCCUCCGGACCAAAACUCCCAUGAUGAAGGAGCGUCCGAGCUCGGCCAUCUAUCCGUCCGACAGUCUUCGUCAGUCGCUGCUCGGCUCCAGACGAGUUCGCUCUGGACUCUCACUCGCUAAGAGCGUCUCCACCAAUAACAUCGCAGGCGGUCUGGAGGAAUCUACAGGUCUCAGGAAGAUUCUCUCUCAGUCGACCGAGUCUUUAAACUUCAGGAGCAGAACUUUGUCGAUGGAGUCGCUUACUGACGAAGGUGAAUGGUGGUGGAGCCCCCUGCUGGAGGAGCUGCAGGUUGAGGGCAGCUGUAUCCAGGCCGACAGUUGGAGUCGCGCUGUCGAACCAAAGUUCCUGCAGACGCUUCACAAAGACCUCAUCAAACAGCAGGACGUCAUCUACGAGCUAAUCCAGACGGAGUUUCACCACGUGCGGACGUUGCGGAUCAUGGAGGGCGUGUACCGGCGGGGGAUGCAGGAAGAGGUGAUGCUGGAGGCCGGUGUGGUUCACACCAUCUUCCCCUGUCUGGACCAGAUGCUGGAGCUCCACUCCAACUUCCUGUCCGAGCUCCUGACCAGGAGGAAGGAGGGACUGGUGGAGGGCAGCUCCAGCAACUUCACUGUCCGCAGCAUCGGAGACCUGCUGCUCAGACAGUUUUCAGGUGCAUGUGCAGACGACAUGAAGAAACUUUACUCCGAGUUCUGCAGUCGACACCCGAAAGCUGUGAAACUCUACAAAGAAGUUUUUGCCCGAGACCGAAGACUGCAGCAGUUGGUCAGGCGUGUCUGUCGUGGUCCUCUGCUGCGUCGUCAUGGCGUCCAGGAGUGCAUCCUGCUGGUGACACAACGAAUCACCAAGUACCCCGUCCUCAUCCAGCGAAUCCUCGACAACACUAAAGGCAGUGAGGAGGAGGUGCAGGCUUUGAGCAAGGCACUGCAGCUCCUGAAAGGUCUUAUCAGCUCGGUGGAUCAGGAGGUUCUGGAGCUGGACCGAACCAGGAGGCUGCAGGAGAUCCAGGCCCGUCUGGACCGGAGGGCUCAGGCCGAGGUCCACGGAGGAGGAGUGUUCAGAGGAGGAGAGCUACUGAGGAGGAGGCUCCUUCAUGAGGGGUCUCUCCUCUGGAAGGUCCAGGGCUCCAGAAUGAAAGAUGUGCAGGUGCUGCUGAUGUCAGACAUCCUGGUUUUCCUUCAGGACAAAGAUCAGAAAUUCACCUUUGCAUCACUGGAUAAGUCUCCAGUUGUGUCUCUGACUAACCUGAUUGUCAGAGACAUAGCCAGUCAGGAGCGAGGGAUGUACCUGAUCAGUGACUCCACCCCUCCAGCGAUGUAUGAACUGCACGCUUCCUCCAAAGAGGGCCGCCGCACCUGGAUGAUGUGGAUCCAGCAGGCUGCUCUCAGUUGUCCGUCCAGAGAUGAGUUUCCUCUCAUUGAGACUGAAGACAAAGCUUUACUGAGGAGAAUCAGAGCUGAUAUCCAGCAGAAGGACAGGGAGGUGCUGGAGCUACUGCAGGAGCGUGUCACUCUAUUUUCUGACCUGGUGGAGGCGACAGGAAGAGGAGGAGCAGAAGAAGAAGAAGGAGGUUUGGAGGUGAGCACCUCCUCAACCAAGACCUCCUCCAGCUCGUUGUUCUGCAGGAACCUCUUCAGGGCCGACACUCCUCACGCUCCUCAGGCCGAGCUGCUCCUCGUGGCCACCAUCGCUGAAGUGGACAAACUGGCGAAGUUGCUGUUCGACUCCAACACGCAGAGAUCGACUGUAACCAACGGCAACCGGAGACUUCACAACGGGGACUCUGGUUCUCUGAACGGCUCGUUUGACCUGAACGAGACCUCGUCACAGGACAGAAACGGGAACCAGCUGCAGGAACAAACCGUAAACAAGGAAGCCCGUCAGCGAUUGGUCAACCUGAGCCUCCAGCUUCACGCCCUGCAGGCUGCUGUGAUUUGUCAAGACUCAAUCCUGGAGCUGUCAGUCAGAGCAGGUCCCGCCCCCUCCACCCAAGGCUCCACCUCUGGUCCUGGUUCUGGUCCCAUCCUCCGUCGUUCUAUUUCGCGUGACACAGGAUUGGACGCCAGUGGGGAGUCAAUGUUGCUACGGCAACAGGUAGACCGCCUGCAGCAGGAAGUGACACGCCUCCGUCUGAGGGAGGAGGAGCCUGAGAAGGUGGAACGAGCCAGCAGAAGGAGGGGCAAUGGAGAAAUCAGUGCUGUGAUCAAGGAGGAAGCGGUGAGCAAGAGGCGUGGCAGCAGGGAACUGGAGCCCCGCCCCAUUGUCCCAUUGGCCAGUCCGAAUCUAGUUGAUCAAAUAGAUGGCUGCAAGGAGAGAAAGGAGGAGAAGGAGGAGGAAAUGAUGAUCUCCCCUCGCUCUGACAGCCCAAGAGACCUGCAGGAUAUUCCCGAGGAGAGCGAGUGUGGAGCAGAGCCAAGUUAAGGACCUGACCUCUGACCUCAGGAACUCUGCUGAUGUCGCUAUGAUGUCACCAGCUGAUAAUGACAUAAUUUCCUGUUUCAAAGACGCUGUUGUUUUUUUCCUGAAUGUUCAUGAAGGAAAAUCAUGUGACCUGUUUACAUCAUCACGUGAGCUGGAGCCCCUCCCACAUAUGCUCCAGUGGAGGUUAUGAAAGAAGGCGGGGCCACACCGAUCCAUUGAGUCUUUACAUUUCUGUCCUGAAUCUUCAGAGGGUUAAAUCCUGCUGCUGCCAAUGUAUGAGUCUUUGAGUCUGAGUCUCUGAGUCUGAGUCUCUGAAUCUGAGUCAGAAGCUGUUUAUUAUAUGACUGAAGCUGUUAGCAUGUUAGCAUGUUAGCCUGGAUUUGUCACUUGUAUAGAACCUUUACAGAUUCGGUCUUUCUGAUUGGUCGGUUGGACGAACCAAUCCGUUUAUUUAAUGCUGUUAUUGAUCAUGUUUGUUUGUAGAAACGUUAGAGUCAGAACCAGAUCAACUACAAACUUAUUGGAUUGUGUCGCCACGGACACUGUUGCCAUGACACUGUCCUGGCUCUGAGUUUGUUCGAUGUUGGAUGAUAUGAUGAUUCAGUGUUUUAAAAGGAACACUGAUGAAGAUAAUGAUGAUGAAGCUGAAGUUUGAAGUUAAAAUCUUGAUGAAGAACAAGAUGAAGUUGAAUCAGUCACAUGAUGCAAAAAAACGUGAAUCUCCUUGAUAUUUAUCGAACAGAUUCUUUUAACUGUAAAAAACAUUUCAGGUGUGUUUUUAUCAUGCGAUCUACCUGCAGGUGGCGCUGCUGUUUAUCAUUUUCUAACUUGACUCAUUCACGAGUUUAACAGAAGAGAAAAAAACUGAACUUUAUCAGUUUGAUGAUUUUCCAAAAAGAAAAACCUGUUUUUAUUUUUCUAACAGUUUCUGUUCUUCAGAACGUUACAUGUGUGAUGAUGCUGUAAUAUUGAUGAUUAUUAUGAAUAUUGAUUUAAUAUUGAGGCUGAGAUGUUGGGCAGCAGUUUGAAACUCAGACUGAGCUCAUUAAAUUUGUAGCAAAUUCCUCAAAUGCAGCCGCUUCUUAUUUUCAUGUUUAACGUCUGUAAAGUGACGUUUGUGUAAAAAGAUUUGAUGAUAAAAAUGUAAAUGUUUUCUGUAACAUUAUUAUUUUCAUGCUCUGACUCUGUGUGUUCUUUAUAAAUCUAAUCAGCUGGAAAA